AUGUCUUCGAGGGACUCCACAGAUAAUUCGUUCGUGUACUCUUGUUCGGAUUGUGAUUUUACAAAGGUCAAAGAACGUGGCCUCGGAGUUCAUCGUGCAAAAAUGCAUAAUGUUGAGUUGGCUGAUCAAGUGUUAUCUGUGUAUGUAACCCGCGUGUAUCCUGAAUGUAAGAAGUUUAAAUGUUGUAUUUGUGAUGUGGUCAUUGGUUCUUACCCUAAUUUCAAACGACACUUCGAUAAUCGUCAUCCUAAUAUUGAACUUACUGCCGAUGCUAUUUGUUCCAUUUGUAAUAUGGAGUUCCAAAAUGCUAAAGCUGUUGGUGUCCACUGCCAAAGCGUUCAUAGUAUCUCUAAGAAAAAACCCAACAAGAAAAUUCCUUCAUCACCAACUCCAAUUCAAUCAUUUAUUUACAAAUGGAAACCAUUGAAUCAUUCUCCUCCUGUUCCUCCUGUUAUACCCUCUCAACUUCCCUCUCAAUCUCCUUCCCAAUCCCCGCCCCAUGCUACCUCCUCACCACCGGCCUCCUCCCCUCAUCAGCCUCCUGUACAUACCCCUCACCCGUCACCUCCCCUUAUUCCCCCCCAAUCAUAUAUGACCAACUCCGACUCCCCCAUCCUUGUUAAUUCCGCUUCCCAGACCACCCCUACGCCAUCCCACUCCCACCAUAUGCCGCUUCCUUCGCCGACCCCGUCCCAAUCCUUGAUUUAUCAAACUCCUUCUCCCAAUGAUCCCACUGCCGAUGACGACCCGUUCAUAAUCCCUCCCCCCCCUCCAACCCCUCCCUCCUCUAUCAUUCAUCAGUACCAUAAACAACACCCCUACUCCCCCUUUUUCCCUCAGCCUCGCUGACACCCCAUCAUUGUCUUCCCCUUCAUCCCAUUCGUCCCCUUCUUUGUCUCCUUCGUCUCCCUCGCUUCCUCAUCGCCUUCCUCAUCCCUUUCAACCCCUCCAUCAACCGUUACUCCUACUCCACCAACGUCCUCUAUUGACCCCUUCCACGAAUGUGAUCCUCCUGCCUUCCUCAAUGACCCAGUUAUUCCCUCUCAGUCACCCUUCAUCCAUCAAUCUAAUCCUAGUCAAGCUGGUAAUGUAUUCUCUGGUCAAUUCGAAUCUAUUGUGGUUGGUCCUCCUACUGAUGCUAAUGAGUCGACUAUUCCUCCUCCUUCACCUACCAUCGAGAAGGAUCCAGUAGAAUCCAUCCCUGAAUUCCAUGCCCGUUGGUCCUUAUUCUACUCUGACCACCCCAGUUGGCAAGAAUUUUCUGAUAAAACGGACCACUUCGCUGCGGAUAUUGUCACUACCUGUAAUGCUAACUACCGCUCUCCGAAGAAUGUUCCGGCUGCUCGUCGUCCCAAUCGACCUUCCGCCCGCCCUGCCAACAACAACAGGCAGCCGAUAGGAUAUAAUCCCGUCGAGGCGAGGAAAAUCCAAACCCUGUACCGCAUUUCCAAGAAACGUGCGACCAGAAAGAACAUAGAUGAUAGCAAACCAUCGUAUACAGGGUCGGUCGACGAUGCAAAUGAGUUCUUCACGAGAGUCUUUGGUACCAGAUCUUGCGAUAUGGAUAACUUAAAAGCUGGUUUGUCUGAUUUCGUCCCUUCGGGUCCAGUCGAUGAUAGCCUCAGAGCCCCUACAACACCAAAGGAAGUGGAGAAGAAACUAAAAUCUCUUUCGAACUCAGCUCCUGGGGCAGAUCGGCUAGAAUACCGACAUCUUAAAUCCAUCGAUUCGAAAGGCUCACUACUCUCUUCCAUUUUCAAUCGCUGUUUAUCUGAGAAUGAUGUCCCUUCCAGUUGGAAACUUGCCCAAACCAUCCUAAUCCACAAGAAAGGUGACGCGAGUGACAUAUCAAAUUUCCGCCCCAUCGCCCUGAUGAGUUGUAUAUAUAAGUUAUUCGCCAGCGUUCUAGCUAACCGUAUUGUGUCCUUCUCCAUCAACAAUGACCUCCUAUCCUCAUCCCAGAAAAGUGCUCGUCCCUCCGAGGGUUGUUAUGAACAUACAUUCAUCCUCCAAUCCCUAAUCCUUGACGCUAAUCGACAUGACAAGAAUAUCUAUUUAGCGUGGCUCGACCUCCGUAAUGCUUUUGGCAGCGUCCCACAUGAUGUCAUCUCUGCAACCCUGACCCAUCUUGGUGUCCCGGACUCUGUGGUGACCCUUAUUGGUAACAUCUAUACCAACGCAUCUACGGAAGUCCGAACCCCUGCAGGUAAUACCUCGUCGAUUCCAAUUCUAUCUGGAGUUAAACAAGGAUGUCCCUUAUCCCCAAUCUUCUUCAACUUAUGUAUAGAGCUAAUUCUUCGUGCGGUCAACGCGAAAGGCCAAUCUAUCGGCCCGGCUAAACAUUUCGGUUCUGACAUUUCAGUCCUUGCUUAUGCUGAUGACUUAGUGAUCAUCUCACGGAAUUCCGACAAACUCCAGAAGUUAUUGGAUUCAGCCAGCAAAGCAGCUUCCAUCAUGGGACUGGAAUUUAGACCAGAUAAAUGUGUGUCACUCUCCCUUACCUACGGUAGGAAGUUCAAGGACAACAUCCAACUCCUCAAUUAUAUCGUUCAGGGUAAAGCCAUUCCAUCGCUCAAAGCCCAUGAACAUUAUCGCUACCUUGGUGUCCCGAUAGGUAUGAUUAGAGACGUGUCUUCAAUUCAAAAGUUAGCUGAAGAUUUAUGCGUAGAUCUUGACCGUAUCAGUAAAUCGCUGCUGACUCCCUGGCAGAAACUUGAUAUGAUUCGCACAUUUGUACAACCAUGCUUGACAUUUGUCCUCCGUGCUGGUGAACCCCUUAAAGCUUCCCUGAUUAAUUAUCGGAAAAAGCUAAUACAGGUCGUACGUAGUAUUUGUAAUCUUCCUCUUCGUGCAACAUCUCACUUUGUGUUCGCUCCUAUCAGAGUUGGCGGCCUCGGCUUUCAGGAUCCUUCUGCGGAAGUUGACGUUCAAACAGUAGUUCAAGCCAUCAAGAUGUUAACAUCCUCUGAUCUGUUUGUUUCCUCUGUAGCCAUCGGUGAACUACGCAAAGCUGUUCGUUUUGCCGCCCGUGCGGACCCAUCUCCUGCUCUAAUGCGUGACUUCAUGUCUGGUUCCACUCGUGGCAAUUUUCAUCGUGAUCGUAUUCGAUACCGUACGCACUCCCUGUGGACAAGAGCAAGAUGUGCCUGUCGUAGACUCGGUUUGUCCUUCGCUGUGCCUGAUAAUGACCCUCCUGCCUUAUAUACCAACUCCAAAGGCCCGUGCCUUGCUAAGUCAGCUGCUUCCUUUCUUCAUCGUCAUGUACAAGACCGUGCUGCUGAGAAGUUGAUGAAUUUUCCUGAUCAAGGCAAAGUGGCAAGAGCGCUGGUUAAGGGUAGUUUUGGUAACGGUUCUGCUUUCCUGUAUACGGGCCUUAACAUCAGGUUUCGUGACUGGCGAUUUAUACAUCGUGCAAGACUGAACGUUGUCCCACCAACCAGAAUAAAGCCAGGUGGUGCGAUGUUUCUUCCAAUUGCCGAAUGUGUGGUGAUGCUAGUGAAACCCUACCCCAUAUCCUCAACCAUUGUGCACCCAGUAUGACAAAGAUUCGUGAGCGACACAACUCAGUUGUCAACAGAUUAUCCAACGCAGUAAGAUUCGGUGUUGUACGUAUUGACAAACAAGUCCCUGGUAUUGCUGAUGAAUGUCGUCCUGAUAUUGUGAUAGAGAAUGAUGAUGUUAUCAUCAUUGAUGUGACAUGUCCAUUCGAGAACGGGGAAAAAGCCUUAGCCGAAGCUGACUUCAACAAAGUUAUGAAAUAUGAUCACGUGAAACGUCAUUUCCAAUCCUUGGGGAAAAGUUGUUCUGUACAUGGCUUUGUAAUUGGUUCGUUGGGUACGUGGCAUCCAGAUAAUGAAGCUGUUCUCUCCAAACUGUUGAUGUCAAGAUCGUAUAAGUCAUUAUUUCGCAAAUUAUGCUGUACCGAUGUCAUCAAAG